GUAGUGUGGCGCUCCUGGGAAGACGCGUUGCUAGGGGCGCUGCUGUUGCUAAGGUAAAUGCGGCCUAGUUUCCUCCUGCAGCCCGGUCUCACCUCCGCUGUCAUGUUGAAGGCAGUGAAAUUGGCAGCUUUGCCUGCCAGUCUGGGUUUUGCUGCUUUUCAUGUGCACGCAGAAAGUGAAACAAAGACUUCGCCCAAAAGAGUCGUGAAACUGGAAGAGCUUUCUCUGUAUUCCACCCCAGUGCAAGAAGCCAGAUUUGUUGAAGAGAAGCCGACCGAACUGGAAGAAGGAAUUUCAUGGCUCAGACAGUCUGCAGCUCCGUAUACUAGCUGGUGUCAGGAUGUAUACACAAAGGGCAAACCUAAGGUGGAGACUGCAGUGGAUCAUUCAAAGGUGACAUAUGCAUAUCUAAAAGAUGCACCCCCCGGAUUCUACCCCAGACUUGGCCUGAUUGGAUUUGCGGGAAUUGUUGGCUUAUUCCUUGCAAGAGGUUCAAGAAUAAAGAAAAUAAUAUAUCCUCUGGGAUUUAUGGGAAUUGGUGCCUCCCUCUAUUACCCCCAACGGGCAGCUACAAUUGCAAAGGGCACAAGUACAGUGCUAUAUGACUGGAGCCUCCAAGGCCUUGUAACCCUAGAGUCUUUGUGGAAAGAUGGCGGAAAAAAGAAGUCUGGGAAAAAAGAAGAAAAGCCUACCCCAUCUGUAAAUAGUUCCCAGCUAUCAACAGAGGAGGCUACAAAGCUUGAGAGUUCAUCUGAAAGCUCCAAAUAAAGGUUCCUCCAUUGUGCGGUUACAUUGUGGAACAGCUUCCAGUCCAUCUCAGGAAAUCCACAACUUGCACUGAUACACCAGAGGGGAUGUCUUUGUGAACUAAGGCACAUGCACUAAGCAAUUACUCAUAAUCCAAAGUCACAUGCUGUUAUUUAUGUACCAAGCCAGCCAAUAAAAUCUUUUAUUUGCA